GGGGGCGGAGGCGGGAGCCCCAGUGGAUGCGGAGAACCCGCAGCAGUCCGGCCAGCGUGCUUGGGGCAGUGGAGCGGUGAAGGAUUGGGAGACCCCUGAAGAUCAGUGGGACUCGAUACCAACACCCGCCUGAGAGACCUUGGUGCUCGGGGCGCUACCGAGUUUCCUUGCGCCCUUGGGGAGCGCGCCCAGGGUUCGCCGAUGGCCAGGACUCUGGGCCUCGAUCCUGGGGGCCUCUCGGGGAUUUGUUACCUUUUUGGCACUCUUCUAGCCGGACUGCUUUCCCCAGGGGCUGUCGCCUUCAAUCUGGAUGUGAUGGGCGCCCUGCGCAAGGAGGGCCAGCCGGGGAGCCUCUUCGGCUUCUCUGUGGCUCUGCACCGGCAGUUACAGCCCCGACCCCAGAGCUGGCUGCUGGUGGGUGCCCCCCAGGCCCUGGCUCUGCCUGGGCAGCAGGCGAACCGCACCGGAGGUCUCUUCGCUUGCCCCCUGAGCCUGGAGGAGACUGACUGCUACAGAGUGGACAUUGAUCAGGGAGCUGAUGUGCAGAAGGAGAGCAAGGAGAACCAAUGGCUGGGAGUGAGUGUUCGGAGCCAGGGGCCUGGAGGCAAAAUUGUGACCUGCGCACACAGAUAUGAGGCAAGGCAGCGAGUAGGCCAAAUCCUGGAGACGAGGGACGUGAUUGGUCGCUGCUUCGUGCUGAGCCAGGACCUGGCCACCCACGACGACUUGGAUGGUGGCGAGUGGAAGUUCUGUGAGGGGCGUCCUCAGGGCCAUGAACAAUUUGGGUUCUGCCAGCAGGGAGCUGCCGCUGCCUUCUCCCCCGACAGCCACUACCUCCUCUUUGGGGCCCCUGGGACCUAUAACUGGAAGGGUGAGUCACUCCUCUGGGAGGGCAGAAGGGCACCAAACUGUCCUCUUACCUCAGAGGGCAGCACGCGGCCAAGCAUGCCCACACGUUCACUGCCAUGUAGUCCUGGGGCACUGCCACGCCUCCCACCCCCGUCGUGCCAGCACAUGCACGGAUGGAGGUACCUCCUCUCCUGCGCAUGGCCGAGUGUUCCUCCACACGCUGGCAUGAGCCCCACACGCACGGCCGGUCCUCCCUGCCAACACCCCAGCCACACCUCAUCACUCCCACUCCCGUCUCCACACGCUGCUGCUGGCUGAGCUGACACUCGGCACCGCCAGGGUGGAGCUCUGUGCGCAGGGCUCAGCGGACCUGGCCCACCUGGACGACGGGCCCUACGAGGCGGGGGGUGAGAAGGAGCAGGACCCCCGCCUCAUCCCGGUCCCUGCCAACAGCUACUUUGGUAGGGACCUCUCCUGGCCCAGAGUCACUCUAACCCUCUGCUCCUCUCUCUUGUCCUCCCUCUCCAUGCUCCCACCCUUCCGUCUCUGUCCCUGUCUUUCUGUCUCUGUUCUCCUCCCUUUGGCCUCUGUCUCUCUCAUUUUCUUUCUCUACCUCUUCCUCUUCUUCGUGCCUCUGUGUCUGGCUCUGUCUCUGCACUCUGUGGCCCCUCCUCUGGAUGUCCUGUCCCUGGUGUCUCUCUCCUCCCCUCGCCCCUGACCCCCACAGGGUUGCUCUUUGUGACCAACAUUGAUAGCUCAGACCCUGACCAGCUGGUGUAUAAAACUUUGGACCCUGCUGACCGGCUCCCCGGACCAGCCGGAGACUUGGCCCUGAAUAGCUACUUAGGUUUGUAAGCGCCCACCCACGUCCUCCUGGGCCCUGGGGGCUUGGCCUGGCUUCCCCUCCACUCCUGCUCUACCCCACCCCCACACACACCCAGAGACGAGCUGGGCCCAGUGACCAGGCCUGAGAAGAAAAGGUCCCAAGGGGGAGAACCCAAGGGGUCUGUGAACAGGGGUCUCCAUGGAGAAAGAACCAGGUGGACAGAGACCACGCUGGGGAGGAAAGAGGCCAGACCUCUAGGGGGGCAUUUUCUCCAGGAGGGAUGGUGGGCACAUGCUGGAGAAGAGUCCAGGCGUGUUGGUAAGUCCCUGUCAUUGUCUCAUCUGCAUCCUACUGCAGAGAAGGGAGGAACGAGGCCUGAGAGAAAUUUGGGUGAAUCAAGCUCUUCUCCACUCCCUCUUGUCUCCCUCCACCCAUGUGAGGACUUCCUCUCCCUGCCAGGAUGGUGGGAGUGGGGGCCAAGAAGGCGCACGGGAUAGGACAGGGACCUCUGGGGUGUGCAGAGGGGAGAGCAGUUCUCUGGGAGUUGUAGGGGUGGGGCCCCGCCCCAGCUCCUGCCAGUGCGCUCACUCCUGCCCAGCGUCUGGCUGCUCAGCCAUUGCCUUUCUCUUUCCUUCCCAGUCCCCGAGGCUGACCUCACUGCACUACCUGUGCCAAACUCCAGUGUCUGGGUGUGGGGGGCUGCUAGGCCUCUGUAGGGGGAGGAGCAGUCAGCUGUGGUGGUGGUAACAUGGAGGUGCCUGCAUCUUUGGCUCCAGACCUGUGAGGAGGGGGUGGUGGGGCCUGCGGCACACCUUGGCUCCUGAGCCUUAAGGAGAGUGCUCACUGGGAGGUCACCCCCCCCAGGUUUCUCCAUCGACUCGGGGAAGGGUCUGGUGCGUGCAGAGGAGCUGAGCUUUGUGGCAGGGGCCCCCCGGGCCAACCACAAGGGGGCUGUGGUCAUUCUGCGCAAAGACAGUGCCAGUCGCCUGGUGCCCGAAGUGAUGCUGUCUGGCGAGGGCCUGACCUCUGGCUUUGGGUACUCGCUGGCUGUAGCUGAUCUGAACAAUGACGGUUGGGCAGACCUGAUAGUGGGUGCUCCCUACUUCUUUGAGCGCCAAGAAGAGCUGGGGGGUGCUGUGUAUGUGUACCUGAACCAAGGGGGUCACUGGGCUGGGGUCUCCCCUCUUCGGCUCAGCGGCACCCCCGACUCCAUGUUUGGGAUCAGUCUGGCUGUCCUUGGGGACCUCAACCAAGAUGGCUUCCCAGAUUUCGCAGUGGGCGCUCCCUUUGAUGGGGACGGGAAAGUCUUUAUCUACCACGGGAGCAGCCUGGGGGUUGUUGUCAAACCUUCCCAGGUGCUGGAGGGCGAGGCUGUGAGUGUAAAGAGCUUUGGCUACUCUCUGUCGGGCGGCCUGGACGUGGACGGGAACCAUUACCCUGACCUGCUGGUGGGCUCCCUGGCCGACACUGCAGUGCUCUUCAGGGCCAGACCUGUCCUCCAUGUCUCCCAUGAGGUCUCCAUUUCUCCACGAGCCAUCGACCUAGAACAGCCCAACUGUGCUGGUGGCCACUUGGUUUGUGUGGACCUAAGGGUUUGUUUCAGCUACAUUGCAACCCCCAGCAGCUACAGCCCUAUUGUGGCCCUGGAUUAUGUGCUAGACGGGGACACAGACCGCAGGCUCCGGGGCCAGGUUCCCCGGGUGACCUUCCUGAGCCGUGGCCCCGAUGACCCUAAGCACCAGGCCUCAGGCACCGUGUGGCUGAAACACCAGCAUGACCGAGUCUGCGGAGACACCACAUUUCAGUUACAGGAGAAUGUUAAAGACAAGCUUCGGGCCAUUGUGGUGACCCUUUCCUAUAGUCUCCAGACCCCCCGGCUCCGGCGACAGGUUCCUGGCCAGGGGCUUCUCCCAGUAGCCCCCAUUCUCAAUGCCCACCAGCCCAGCACCCAGCGGGCAGAGAUCCACUUCCUGAAGCAAGGCUGUGGUGAAGAUAAGAUCUGUCAGAGCAAUCUACAGCUGGUCCAUGCCCGCUUUUGUGCCCGGGUCAGCGACAUGGAGUUCCAGCCUCUGCCCAUGGAUGCCGAUGGGACAACAGCCCUGUUUGCGUUGAGUGGGCAGCCAUUCAUUGGCCUGGAGCUGAAGGUCACUAAUCUGCCCUCGGACCCAGCACAGCCCCAGGCUGAUGGGGAUGAUGCCCAUGAAGCACAGCUCCUGGUCAGCCUCCCUGCCUCUCUGCACUACUCAGGAGUGCGGGCCCUGGACUCUGUGGAGAAGCCACUGUGCGUGUCCAAUGAGAAUGCCUCCCAUGUCGAGUGUGAGCUGGGGAACCCUAUGAAGAGAGGUGCCCAGAUCACCUUCUACCUCAUCCUCAGCACCUCAGGGAUCACCAUUGAGACUACGGAGUUGGAGGUGGAGCUGCUGCUGGCCACGAUCAGCGAGCAGGAGCUACAUCCAGUCUCUGCUCGGGCCCGUGUCUUCAUUGAGCUGCCGCUGUCCAUCACAGGGGUGGCCAUUCCCCAGCAGCUCUUCUUCUCCGGCGUUGUGCGGGGUGAAAGUGCCAUGCGGUCUGAACGGGAUGUAGGCAGCAAGGUCAAGUAUGAAGUCACGGUCUCCAACCAGGGCCAGUCACUCAACACCCUUGGCUCUGCCUUCCUCAACAUCAUGUGGCCCCACGAGAUUGCCAACGGGAAGUGGCUGCUGUACCCCAUGCGGGUGGAGCUGGAGGGCGGGCAGGGGCCUGGGCAGAAGGGGCUUUGUUCCCCCAGGCCCAACAUCCUCCACCUGGAUGUGGACAGCAGGGACAGGAGGCGUCGAGAGCUGGAGCAGCAAGGGCGGCAGGAGCCUCCUGAGCAGCGGGAGCCUAGCACGUCCUGGUGGCCGGUGUCCUCUGCUGAGAAGAAGAAGAACAUCACCCUGGACUGUGACCGGGGCACGGCCAAUUGCGUGUUGUUCAGCUGUCCACUCUACAGCUUUGACCGAGCAGCUGUGCUGCAUGUCUGGGGCCGCCUCUGGAACAGCACCUUCCUGGAGGAGUACUCAGCUGUGAAGUCCCUGGAAGUGAUUGUUAGAGCCAACAUCACCGUGAAGUCCUCCAUCAAGAACCUGCUGCUCAGAGAUGCCUCCACAGUGAUCCCAGUGAUGGUGUACUUGGAUCCAGUGGCCGUGGUAGCAGAGGGAGUCCCCUGGUGGGUCAUCCUCCUGGCUGUACUGGCAGGGCUGCUGGUGUUGGCACUGCUGGUGCUGCUCAUGUGGAAGAUGGGAUUCUUUAAGCGGGCGCGGUACCCCGAGGCCACCGUGCCCCAGUACCAUGCGGUGAAGAUCCCUCGGGAAGACCGACAGCAGUUCAAGGAGGAAAAGACGGGCACCAUUCUGAGGAGCAACUGGGGCAGUCCCCGGAGGGAGGGCCCCGACGCACACCCCAUCCUGGCUGCUGAUGGGCACCCUGAGCUGGGCUCUGAUGGGCACCCUGUGCCAGGCACUGUCUAGCUUCCCCUGUCCCAGCCUGGCCUAUGUGUCCCCUCGAUCCCUUCCCCAGAGACCGCUCCUCGGGAUGAAGACAGUAGCGUGGGCUGCUGUUGUCCCACCAGGAUUUUGCAGGAUCUGUUUUCUCAGGGGCAUAGACCACUCCCUCCAGGAGGAGCAUGCCCGAACCUCCCCUUAGAAUGCUGUGAGAUGAGAGGGGUAAAUCAGGGAUGGGGUCGUAGGAGAGGGUGAGAAGGGCAGCCAUGUUCUGAUGCAGGGGUUAGGAGAGGAGACCCUAAUCCCUCCUGCUCCCGUUCACCCAGUGUAACAGGACCCCAAGGACCUAUCUCCCCAAAAGUGCCUUAGCCCAUAGGGUUGGGGAGGAGGUUGCAUUGCUGAUUCAGGGGCUCUUACCUCCCUAAUUUCCCUUCUCCUCUACCUUAGUUUGCUGCAUCAGUCUAGCGGAUUUUGUUUAUUUAUUAAAAAAAUAUUUGAGAAC